AUGCCGACGCGUUGCCGGGAAACAUGGGGAUACCGCGGCGUACGCGCGCGCCCCUCCUGCGGCUUCUCUGCCGAGAUCCGGUUCGGCAGGAUGCGCCUCGGCCUCGGCAAUUUCGACACCGCCAAUGACGCCGCCCGUGCAUACGACGCAGCGGCGUCGUGCCUCCGGUGGCCUCAUAGAACAUUGAACUUCCCCAACGUGCUGACGCAGGAGCGAGCGCCUCUACCACAGCUUAUCACCGACGAGGAUCGUCCCGACAACCGGAGGCAGGAGCACCGUCUCGACAUCACCGAGAUGGACGACGAAGCCAUGGUGCUGGGGCGCCAACGCUUCCCGCGGGACAUCAUCAACGAGCGUGAGUUCUACACGCAAAGGAGGGCGGAGAGGGAGAAGAGGAAGGCGGAGCGAGCUUCCUAUCGCGAGGACAAGCAUACGCGAAAAGCGGAUGCUCAAUUCAACAUGAGGCUAGGAGCAACG